AUGCCCCGACGCGUCACCUCCCUCGCGGCGCCGCAUGCGUCGCUCGCCGCGCUCUGUUUCCUCGCGCUGGCCGCCAUCGCGCUUCCAUCCGCGCUCGCGCUGGAGUGCGACGAGGCGAUGACGGGCUUCCACGACAACGACAUCAAGAGCCAGGCGUGGCAGGACAUCGCGCACGCCAACGUGCAGGCUGUCCGCGACGCCGUGGCCGACGAUCCGUGCUACGCGAUGAUGCGCGCGGGGGACGGACGCGGACCGCUGUUCUGGGCGCACGAGUUCUACAACCAGGAGAUCAUCGACGUGCUCGUGCACCACGGCGCGGACCGGGCGGCGAGGGACCGGGGGGGCAAGCGACCCGAUCAGAUGAUCCGCGCGCCCCCGAUGACGUUCGAGGCGCCCCCCGCGGACGACGAGGAGGAGUACGAAUACGGCGCGGACGACGACGACGACGACGUUUACGUCACCAAGAGUUCCUCUCACGACGAGAUGUAA